AUGCGUCUUCUGAAUACGCAGACAAAAGAGCUCCGCUGGUUUGGCGAAGAUAAACGACCACCCUACGCUAUACUUUCCCAUAAGUGGGGCGCGGAUGAAAUCACCCUUCAAGAAUUCGCUCUCACAACUGAAUGCGGGGUUGAGAGCACAUCCCAUCCAAGUACAUCGAAGACAGGAUACCGAAAAAUCGAAGGCUGUUGUGACCAAGCUAGAAGAAACGGACUCGAAUGGGCUUGGGUCGAUACUUGCUGUAUCGACAAAACUAGUAGCACCGAGUUAUCCGAAGCCAUAAACUCCAUGUAUCGGUGGUAUAAAGAGUCUCGCGUCUGUUACGUUUAUCUGGAAGAUGUAUCUUCUGACGAUACCGACCUAAGCGCCACCGAUUCAUCUUUUCGCAACAGCCGGUGGUUCUCUCGAGGGUGGACGCUGCAAGAAUUAAUUGCCCCCGUCGAUGUCUCCUUUUUCAGCAACUCAUGGACCUUUCUAGGGGUUAAAUCUGAUAUUGAGACUCUCUUGGAAGAAAUAACCGGUAUCUCUUUUGCUUUUCUCUCGGAAUGCGGUAUUCACUAUUUCAGCAUUGCACAGCGUAUGUGCUGGGCAGCGAAACGUAAAACCUCAAGGAAGGAGGAUAUGGCGUAUUGCCUCCUGGGAAUUUUCGAUGUCAACAUGCCUUUAUUGUACGGCGAAGGCGACAAAGCCUUUCAGAGAUUACAAGAAGAAAUCAUAAAACAAUCAACUGACCAGACAGUCUUUACCUGGAGCUUUGAUGGCUCCCACGAAACCGAUGAAGCCAAUGAUGCGGAUGAGGCAAUUUCAAUCUUAGCAAGAUCGCCGUCUGAAUUUAUCGGGUGUGCAGACAUGGUUCCCUAUGAAGCCAAGAUGGACGAAGGCUUUGAAGUAACCCAGAAGGGUAUCCGUAUUACACUACAAUUCACUUUCACCGGCUAUGUCAUGCUGCAGUGUCGUUCACUACGUUGCAUUGAUGACUACGCAAUCAAAAUCCAGUGA